UAAAUUAUGGAUUAUAUUCGAGAAUUUGAUAUUAAAUUGGAUAAAGAGUAUUAUUAUGCUGGGGAAGCGUUAAAUGGAACUGUUAUACUUGAUACUGUGGAAAAUUUUAAAUUACGAUCAAUCAGAGUGAUUUUAAGAGGUAAAGCUCAUGCCGAAUGGAAAGUGAUUUUAUCUGGUGACCGAAGGACAGUGAAAGAUGAUCAAUAUUUUAUUGAUGAACGAUGCGUUAUAUGGGGAGAACAAAAUAUGGAUUCAGCUGUACCAAUUUUACCGCGUGGUUUACAUCGAUUUUCUUUUAGAUUUACCCUUCCAGAAACGAGCUUACCAUGUUCUUUCGAAAGUAAACCCUGUUUUAUUAGAUAUUAUAUUAAGGUAACCGUUGACAUACCUUAUGCUAGUCCGCCCCAAGGUAUGAAAUAUUUUACCAUAAUUGGCCCACAUAUUGAUUGUAUGGACGAACAAUAUUUAAAACCAAUGAUGGGUCAAGACAAAAAAUCAGAUUGUUGUUUUUGUUGUAAGAAAGGUGACAUUACAUUACGUUGUGUGUUAGAAAGAUCGGCCUAUGUAUGCGGAGAAAGUUUAAAAUUAAAGGCUACUAUUGAUAAUCAAGGUCAAGAAGCAGUUAGACUUAAAGUCAAAUUAAUACAGUAUUGUGAAUACUUUAUUGAUCGUGGAGUUCUUGGAGUCAAUAAAGACGUUCAACAUUUAGUUUUAGAAUAUAGGGGCGAUAUAGUCAAAUCAAAUUCCCGUACAAAAUGGGAUAGUACGGAGAGUCUGGUUAUUCCCACAAUGCCAACAACUCUAGUAGGAAUAUGCCGGCUAUUACAAAUUUACUACAUGUUAAAAGUAAGUUUGGAAACAGAAAAAACUACAGAAAUUUUACAGAUGCACUUUCCAAUUACUAUUGCAACGGUUCCAUUUCGUAUUCCAAAUUCAUCACCACCAACGCUAAAAUACGAUAUUGCUAGUGGUCACGUAGAAGGAGGCAAUUAUAUUGGUCCAGAAUUUCUUUUAGGGCAGGUGUAUGAUGGUGUAGAGACUUCAAGAGAAUGCAAUGUAGUAUUAUAUCGACCAGUUUAUGUCACAGUUCAAAAAGCACAACAAAAUAAGCCAACAAAUAGCCAAUUAAAUUCUUCAGAAUAUCGAAAUGUUUAACAAUAAUUAUUUAACUUUUUAACAAUAAACAAAUAUAUAUUUGGAAUGAUUACAAAAUAAUAAUUUAUCAAUUCAUGUUGAUUACGUAUUUUCAUUUAAUAAGUAAAUACAUUAAUUGGAAAUUAUGCAGUUAAAAUCUAAUUCAAAAUUGACCAAAAAAUAUUUCAAAAUGUUUCAUGAUUUAUUUUUAUGACCAUUAAUGGAACCGUUAUCGGCAGAUGUAUCAGGAUGGAAAAGAUCAAGCACCCUAACAUGCAUUGACUCUGUUAUAUUCUCUUAUUACUUUAGCAGUAAUAAAAUCGUGUUAAGGUAAAACAAGUGUCAAUGUUAAUGAUCCUGAUAUUGGUGCUGAGCCUUAUAGAGAGGGAUAUUUCAAGGAAUUGCACUCGCGUUUGCCAGAAAUGGUACAAGGCAUUACUAACCAUUUAGGUUAACUCUUUCUGCAAGCUAAAUAAACUAGCGAAAGGCAAAUAAAAUUACGAGUACAAUCGAGACAUUCUUAGGAUAUCCUCUAUCUUUGAAAAGUCUCAUGCAACAUGCUGAACAUUUAAGCCUACUAGCGAAUCAAGACUAGUGCAUGAGCUAUAACAUCAAUUUAGGUUAUUCAUUCUUUAACAGUCAAAGUUCUGUUCUGUUGCCAGUAAAUCAAGUAAGAAUUAUUGUAUUCAGCCAAAGCUAGCACCUAAGAAUCAUCUGUCUAAAUCUAGAUUGCAGAGUUGAAUCGUUUCACUAAUUUCGAAAAGAAGCUAUAAGUUAACGUAAAACACCUUUUCAAAUUUGCAAAAAUUAUUCUUUUUAAACUAAAAGUUAUUGUCGUUCUAUUUAAGAUUCAAAAGCUCCGGCACAAAACUCAUAUAAAGAAUAAUGUCGAUUAAUCUAAAUAUUUGUUAGGGCAUAUUAUAUGAAAUUCUGAAGUUAACCUCGAGAAUAGUUCAAAAGAAUGGACGAAAAUCCAAAAUGUUUCUGAAUGGUACGAAAACUACUCAUAGGUUUAAUACUUAAAAAAUAAUUGGAUAUGCCAUUUUUGAAAUAUACAAAACAUAACUUUCGUUUAGAAUAUCACAAACUACCCUCACAGAAAAGUUCAGACUAAUUGACAAAAUAUUUUUUAAACGUUGCAUUGGUUUAAUGCGGCUUCUUUUCAUUAUUUUGACUAUUUUUUGGGAUAAGAUAACAGUGCAGU